AUGAAAGUUUCGACUUCGAGGAUUUGUGCUGCUUCUUCGAUGAUUAAGGAGUCGAAGUUGAAGUCCAAGUUCACCAGCCGCUCCCGCGUUAUUGCUGCGUGCGUGCACGUCAUUGCCACCAUCCGCGAGUGCGUGCUGCAGCAGCAGCAGCAGCAGCAGCAGCAGCAGCAGCAGCAGCAGCAGCAGCAGCAGCGGCCGGGUGGGGGUGGGGGUGGGGCGGCAGGAGCAGCAGGUGCAGGGGCGGACUCGCGGCAGCAGCAGCGAGAAGGGGAGGGCAGCAGCAGCGAGAGCGACGGCGGAGCAGCAGCAGCAGGCCAAACACCACAGCAGCAGCAGCAGCAGCAGCAGGACACAGAGCGCAGCAGCAGCAGCAGCAAGUGCAACUGCUGCACCUCUGAGCAGCAGCAGCAGCAGCAGCAGCAGCAGCAGCAGCAGCUGCAGCAGCAGGCGCUGCAGCAGCAGCAGCAGCAGGAGCUGCAGCAGCAGCAGCGGGAGCUGCAGCAGCAGCAGCUGCAGCAGCAGCGGGAACUGCGGCAGCAGCAGCGGGAGCUGCACUAG